AGGCGCCGCCAGCUGGAUCGAGCCUCUAGACACGAUUUCGACACUCUCAGGACACAGCGCGAGCCGGCGACAGCGAUCUGACCACGGUCCUUCAUCCAGACACGGUUCCUGCGUCUUGUCUCUCCACCAUAUCCUCACCACGCACUCACGCUCACGAGAGCUCUGAGUCGCCGGCGACGAGACAAGGCCGCAAUGGUGGCUACCAAAGCAGGGCAGCGACGCAUCAGACUCAGGAGUCCCGGCGCCCCUGAAGCUCAGUGCACCACUACAGACAUGGUGAUCCACAUACACCACCAUGGCGGCAAGAUCUGGCUCCCACGCGGAGGUAACGCGAGCGUCCCGAUCCAGUCGACCAUCCAGCUCGCCAACGGCGCAAUGAUUGCCGCUGCUGACGACAACCCCGCCGAUCUCAUCUUUCAGACACAUGCCAUCGAAAGCGCAACCCCCGGCAGCAAGGUCAUCCUGCUUGGAGACGCGGUUCUCAAGACCCUCCCAGGAAAGCCCAUCGAACUCCUAGGAAAGCAGAGCAACAAACUACGCCUCCCACCCGGCACCCUCCUGCAGUUCGGCACGCCGAGCACACCCCAUCGGGUCGUGCCAUUUGGGGGCGGCUCUCUCUGCUCUCGGCGGAUGUUGCGCGAUGUCCUGACCCUGUCCGAUGCGUCUUCCGUGGCCUUGCCCCAGCCCAUGACGUUGGGGCCAGGCGGGUUCACGCUUCAGGGCGACAUGGCACUACCGCAGUCUGUCAUCCUGACGGGCAACAUGGCGGUAUCCUCCGGUUCCAUCAUCCUACCAGAGCCGCCGGAGCUUGAUGAGCAGUACGUCCUUGAAGUCGUCAUUGACGGCCUCUUUCGGGAGACCUACGUCCCAGGAACUCAACUGCGCAACGGCACCGUGCUGCCGUGGGCGACACGCCUCCCGGCUGGUACGGUGCUCAAACAAGGCUUGCACAUCCCGGGCGGCAUCACCCUACCCACGGGCACGCUUAUUCCCGCAGGACCUUAGUAUCAGGGGUCGUAGCCUCAAGGAAUGCUCAGGCGUCGAGCCCGCUGGAUCUUCUUCGGAGGAUCUCAUCACCUGGGAUGACUAGGAUUUCCAUGCUGGCUGUCGAAGAUGAUUGGGUCACGUGAUGUGCGGCUAUUGCUUGGGCGGUCGUCAAAAACGUAUGGUCAGGUAGAGAUGACAGUUCGCGACGCGGGAAUUGGCAAUA